AGAAUUUGCGCCAAAUUUGUUGAUUGCCGGAUUUUGGUUAUACAAAUGCAGCUACUGCAGCUAUAAUUUACCAUAAAAAUGUCUAAACGUAACAGCGUUGGUUCUAAAAACACAUUGUUCAAUUAUUUCUCCAAGACACCGCCUGCGAAUAAGAAAGCUAAGCUUCAAAAUGGAGAUACUGAUGGAAGUCCAAAACUUGAUUCUACUCUGCACAAUGAAACAGACUCGAAAAAUGAUAACAAAAAGCGCGAGCGUCAUACAACUCCAUCACCAAAAGUCUACAACUACAGUGACAGCGAAGAUGAAGUGCCCAUUGCUCCUAAACGAAGAAAGCGCAUCAGACUCAACCCUAUAGACUCCGAUGACUCAGAUACUGAGAACAAAGUAGACAAUAAAGUGUCAUCCGUGAAAGAGAAGAUAUCUGUGGAGAAGAAACUUCAUGACAGCUUCAAAUAUGAAGCAAACCAAACUCCGAAAAACAAAAAGUCUACAAGUGAUGGCCCUAAGCCGACAACAACAAAGUUCGAGCAUGUUGAAAAGGAUACAGCUCCAAUAGCUGAUGUGGGCAACUGGGUGCACUGCAAGCUUGAGUGGCUCAAGCCCGACAAGAUCCGUGAUGCACAGAAGAGGAGGCCUGACCACGCCGACUAUGAUCCCACCACACUAUAUGUCCCGCCUGACUUUUACAAUAAUCAGACUCCUGCACAUAGACAGUGGUGGGAGAUGAAAUCGUCGCACUUUGAUUGUGUGCUGUUCUUCAAAGUGGGCAAGUUUUACGAACUGUACCACAUGGACGCCGCAGUCGGAGUUAAUGAGCUUGGCUUCUCUUAUAUGAAGGGCGACUUCGCGCACUCUGGUUUCCCAGAGAGUGCGUAUGCGCGGAUGGCGUCGACGCUCGUGUCGAAAGGGUACAAGGUGGCGCGCGUCGAGCAGACCGAGACCCCUGAUAUGAUGCAGGAGAGGUGCAAGAAGUUGCGUCAGUCGAGCAAGUGGGACAAGGUGGUGCGAAGGGAGAUCUGCCAAGUGACUCUCCGGGGCACGCAGGUGUGCGGCCUCCAGGACCCCGGCCCGGGCGAGGCGUCCGCUGCUUACAUGCUGGCAAUUACUGAGGAGGAGGGGCAAGGCAGCAGCACAUACGGCGUGUGUUUUGUGGACACGUCCAUCGGGCUAUUCCACCUCGGACAGUUCAAGGACGACAAGCACUCCUCGCGGUUGCUAACCACACUGUCACACUACCCGCCUGCUUUGAUAGUGUACGAGCGUAAGUCGACGACCGCCCGUACUUGCAAGCUGCUGAGCACACACUGCCACGGCGCGCGGCGCGAGGCGCGGACUAUGCCGCCGCCCGAGAAGACGCUCAAGACUCUCGCUGAGCAGUACUACAAGACCAAUGCUGAUGGCGACUGGCCGGAGGGACUCAAGCAGUUCCUACACGAAGGUGACGCGUUAGGCCUAACGCCGGCCGCGAACUGCUUCCUGGCAGUGAAGGCACUGGGAGGCUGCGUGACGUACCUUACCGAGUGCCUUCUAGAUGUCCAAGUCCUGGGCAUGUCUCAAUUCGCAUCAUACGAGCCUCCAGACGUCGCCAGCAGUCAGUCGAGCCAGUCGCAAGGGGACAAGCCAGCGAAGUGGGAGGGCGGUAGUGUCAUGGUUUUGGACGCCAUAACUCUCAGGAAUCUCAGAAUAGUGCAGGAUGUCGGAUGCCUGUAUGAUAAGCUCAACUACUGCUCCACUGCUAUGGGGAAAAGGUUGCUAUACCAGUGGGUGUGCGCACCGAGUUGCAACCUCAACGUGAUAAAGGAGCGCCAGGAGGCGGUGCGCGUGUUGUUCGACCAACAGGAACUUACCCAGAAUGUCAAGAAUAUCCUCACCACACUGCCGGACCUGGAGCGACUACUAGCCAAAGUACACAGUCUCGGCAACUUAUUGAAGUCAAAAACGCACCCGGACUCACGCGCCAUCUUUUACGAGGAGAAAAUAUACUCCAAACGCAAGGUUCUGGACUUCAUAUCCGUGCUGAACGGCUUCACCGCGGCCCUCGGCGUGUCGGAGAUGUUCACCGACACGGACUCCGCUUUGCUGAAGACUAUCACACAGUUCAGUCCCGAGGGAAAGUAUCCUGAUUAUAGAGAAACGCUCAAGUUCUUCAAGGAUGGCUUCGACCAAACUGAGGCGGAGAAGGCGGGCGUGAUCCUCCCUGGCGAGGGCAUGGACCCUGAAUACGACGAUACGCUGCGUACCAUCAAGGAGAUAGAUGAUGAGUUGAAGGAAUAUCUCGCCGAGCAAGAGAAGUACUUCCGAUGUCGGCUGGCGUACGUGGGGUCGGACAAGAAGCGAUACCAGAUCGAGGUGCCGGUGUCGGCGGCAUCCAAGGCCGGCGCCGACUACCAGCUCGAAGGCACCAGGAAAGGAUACAAGAAGUUCUCCACUGCUGAGACCAGGGAGUUCCUGGCACGCAUGAUAGCGGCUGAGGAACAGAAGCGCGUGGUCCUCAAAGACCUGAGCCGUCGAAUCUUCGAGAACUUUUCGUCACACUACGCGCAGUGGGAGGCGGCAGUACAGUGUAUCGCCACCCUCGACAUACUACUGGCGUUCGCGGAGUUCGCGCGACAACAGAGCACGGAUGUAUGCUUGCCUAUCGUCACUAUGGGGGAUAGUAAGCCGUACAUAAACAUCACGGAGGGCCGUCACCCGUGCAUUCCGAUCGUGAACGACUUCGUGCCCAACGACGCGGAGCUGGGCACGCGCGGGCCCAGCCUGCUGCUGCUCACUGGGCCCAACAUGGGCGGCAAGUCCACGCUCAUGCGGCAAGUGGGCCUCCUCGUGGUGCUAGCGCAGCUGGGUAGCUACGUUCCCGCACAAGCGUGCUCGCUGAGCGUCGUGGACCGCAUCUUCACCCGUCUCGGCGCCUCGGAUGACAUCCUUUCCGGCCAGUCCACCUUCCUCGUCGAGAUGAACGAGACUGCCGCCAUUGUCAAGCACGCUACACAGCACUCGCUCGUGUUGCUCGAUGAACUUGGUCGCGGCACGUCGACGUACGACGGCACGGCUAUCGCGUCCGGCGUGUGCGCCGAGCUGGCGGCGCGCGGCUGCCGUGUCGUAUUCUCUACGCACUACCACUCGCUCGUACACCACUUCGCUACACACCCCGGAGUCAUAUUAGGACAUAUGGCGUGCAUGGUGGAGACAGACGAAUCGACGCCGGAUAGCGAGGACCACAUUCCUGAGGAGACGAUCACCUUCUUGUAUAAGUUGACGCCGGGAGCGUGUCCGAAGUCCUACGGCUUCAACGCGGCGCGGCUGGCCGGAGUGUCCAAGCACAUCACUCGCAGAGCGCACCAGAUAUCCAAGAGGUUGGAGAAAGAAGCCACUUGCGUCCGCGCCUUCAGGGACAUUUUGAAAAUGGAAACCAAAGGCAAGGAUAUCCGUGAGUUGCUGGCAGCUUUGUGCAUUUAAUCACUAUUUCCCUUUUUUUAAAUUAGGAAUUUCAGAAGUCAUGAUCUGUUAUAGGCUAGAGAGUAACGUGAUUCGAAUGUUCAGUGUUGCUGGUCGUAAAUAUUACUAAACGGCCAAUUAAUAAUGUAUUGUUAGUGUUACUUUUUAAUUAAUCUCAUUAAGAAUUAAUUUUGUGCCAGUUUUCGUUUAUGAUUGUUACAUAAAUAUCGUCUUUUUACUACAUUUAUCUGUGAUUUGUCUUUGUAAUUGAUCAAGAUUUUCGCUCCCACCAAUUUAUUGAAUUUACUUCAUUAUUAAAUACUUUUUUACAA